CCCGGGCGGGGGGUGAGGGGUGGGGACAGGGGAGGACCGGCUCGGCUCGGCCCGGCUGAAAAGGAGGGCGAGCCCGCACAUCGCCCCCCCCACACCCCCGGGUGCUGCCCCGCACCAUGGCUCUGUCCUGCAGGAGCUGGCUGGCCAACGAGGGGAGCAAACACCUCUUCCUGUUUUUCUGGCUCUCCCUCAAUGUAUGGUUCUUCUGGAAAACCUUCCUGCUCUAUUAUCAAGGGCUGCAGUAUUACUAUUUGCAUCAGAUGUUAGGGCUAGGAUUGUGUGUUAGCAGAGCUUCGGCAUCUGUCCUCAAUCUCAACUGCUGCCUAGUCCUCCUACCAAUGUGCCGUGUUCUCUUGGCCUUCCUGCGAGGAUCUCAGAAGGUUGCCAGCAGGAAAACCAGAAGGCUGCUUGAUAAAAGUCAAACGUUCCAUGUGACGUGUGGUGUUACAAUAUGCAUCUUUUCAGUCUUACAUGUUGCUGCUCAUCUGGUGAACGCUCUUAACUUCUCUGAGAACUACAAUGAAGACUUUCUGGCAAUAAAUGUAGCGAACUAUCGUGGCGAGGACCCGAGGAAACUGCUUUUUGCUACUGUUCCAGGUCUGACUGGAGUCAUUAUGGUGUUAGUGUUAUUCCUAAUGUGUACAGCUUCUACAUAUGCCAUCAGGGUUUCAAACUAUGACAUCUUCUGGUAUACACACAACCUUUUCUUUGUCUUCUAUAUGCUGCUGAUGCUGCAUGUUUCUGGGGGAGUGCUCAAGUACCAGACCAACUUAGAGGAACAUCCUCCUGGUUGCUUUAAUCCUAACAAAACACUCCGACAGAACAUGACAGUGCCAAAGGCUUUUGAAGAGCUGUUCCCUGACUAUACUACUGAGCCUUUCCCAGAGGACUUAGUACCAGAACCCUUUGUACAGAAUAGCUUUAUGAGAAUUUGUUCCGAGGAACCCAAGUUCCAGUCACACUUCCCAGAGACCUGGUUUUGGAUUUCUGGACCUCUGUGCUUGUACUGUGUGGAGAGGCUUUACCGCUACAUCCGCAGCAAUAAACCCGUCACAAUAACUUCAGUGAUAAGCCACCCCUCCAAUGUCCUUGAAGUAAGGAUGAUAAAAGAUGACUUUAAGGCAAGACCUGGUCAGUAUGUUAUUCUACACUGUCCAAGAGUGUCUGCACUGGAAAGCCAUCCAUUCACCCUUACAAUGUGCCCUACAGAUACCAAAGCAACGUUUGGGGUCCACCUUAAAGUAGUAGGAGACUGGACAGAAAGAUUUCGGGAUUUACUGCUCCUACAUUCCAAUCAAGAUACAGAGAUUCUGCCCAUCUUUCAGCAGAGGCGCUAUCCCAAACUGUAUGUGGAUGGACCUUUUGGAAGCCCCUUUGAGGAAUCUCUGAACUACGAGGUCAGCCUCUGCGUGGCUGGAGGUAUUGGAGUUACACCGUUUGCAUCAGUGCUCAACACACUGCUUGACGGCUGGAAAUGCUACAAGCUCAGAAGACUCUACUUCAUUUGGGUGUGCAGGGACAUUGAGUCUUUCCGCUGGUUUGCAGAUCUGCUCUGUACGUUGCAUAACAAGCUUUGGCAGGAGAAUCGACCAGACUAUAUAAAUAUCCAGCUGUACCUCAGUCAAACAGAUGGAAUACAGAAAAUAAUUGGUGAAAAAUACCAAGCUUUAAACUCAAGGCUUUUGAUCGGACGACCCCGGUGGAAGCUACUUUUUGAUGAAAUAGCAAAGUGUAACAGGCGGAAGACCAUUGGAGUUUUCUGUUGUGGACCAAACAAAAUCUCUAAGAUACUUCAUAAACUGAGCAACAGCAGCAACUCUUAUGGGACAAGGUUUGAGUAUAAUAAGGAAUCCUUCAGCUGAAAGCCUGUUGGACUAGCAAGACCCUCUGGAAGAGAAAAGUGCAAUUUUUUGUUUGUACAACUUAAAAGUUCAGCUGUGGUUUAAACAGACAGAAAUGUACCAAAGAAUAGCACAGAUUUGCUUAUUUAUGACUAUUUAAGACUUUGGAAAAUGAUGGACUCAGCAGUAUACCAACAAAUAGUAAGUGCUUAUGCUCAAACUCAGAUGCACUCACACAAUAUUUGUGGCAGCCAGCAGUGAUUCUUUGGAGUUGUUUCUGUUAAUUAAAUAUUGCAGAAGUUGGGGAGAGACACAG